CAUCUAAAAGGAUAUUUUCUAAAAAGAUUUUUCGUAUUCAGGAAGUUCAAUUUAUUUGUUUGGAUUUUUUUGAAAAGACUAAUAGGAAAGAAAAGAAAAAGGAAAAACUUACAGCGUAAAGUGAAGAAGAAUGACUCAGCUACAUUCCGUUGCCAGCUUAGACUACGGUGAUGGUCGAACCUGUGUUUGUCGUAUCUGCGAAUGCGGAAAGCACCGUUGCCCUGGUCUAAAAAUACCAUUUAUUGGAGAGACCACCUACCGUAACGAGUACGUGCCAAAGGAGGCCGAUCAUGAUCAGGGAGGACGCAAGAAGCAAGUUCUUCAUUCUACAAAAGCUGAACCUGGUCAUUUUAAGACAACCAAACAGGAGGCCGCUGAGCUGAUCGAGGGAAAACAUAUUCAUCCUGCAGAAUCGUACAAGCCGCGGCACGAAGCAAGGGAAAACCUACCAUUUGACGCCAAUACGACGAAUCGUACAGAUUAUCCUGGUUACAUGCCUGAGUAUCGACGCACAAAGCCGAAACAAGAGCCGAUGCCAUCGCUACAAGGCAUAUACGACACCACCAAAGGUGCGAUGGAUGAUCCCAUCAAGAAGCUUUCUGCUAACAGCAAAUUACCCAAGCCACCCAAGAGCUUCAAGAGCGAGUCUACCGCGCAACCGGACCUCCCCUUUGAUGGAGUCUCCAGUUAUAUGGUAGACUACCCCGCGAAGGAGGCGCCGCCGGCGCGUUCGGCCAACAUGAACAAGGGCUUCGUACCUGUCCCUGAAAACCGUGACUUCCAGACCAUCAGCUCGGAGACUUACGUCAUCCCACCAACGUGUUUGCAGCGUAAGUGUCCUGCCGCUUUUGUGUCAGGACGACCUGUUUCACAGGAUGGACACAUCAAGCUAUCCGUGUACAACAUCCCCUCUGGCAUUGUGUCAUAA